GCCCAUAAAAAAGUCAGUCUUUUUCUAGAGAUAUCAACUUCCAUUCAGAUGAAGAAGAAUAUUUACUUUCCCUCAUUAUAACAACAAAACAUAACAAAGUUCUUGGAAUAUGCAAGCUCAUAAUAUUUAUUUUAGACCAAGAAUCUCAUUUUCUGCUUUGCCUACACUUUAAGGCAACCCUACAAAAAAGCCUCCUUGCAAGAAAAGAACCAAAAUCUUGCAACUCUAAACCCAUAUAUAAAAGGUUAUCACCUCUGACAUUCAUUCAUCCAAGAUCCUACCUUUUUUUGUUAAUCUUUAACAGCUUUCGUUGUGUACAAACAAUACAUAUGGCUAACGAAUCGAUGAAACCCACAGCCACUUUUCUUCUGUUACUCAACUUCUGUAUGUAUGUCGUGCUCUUAGGCAUUGGCGGUUGGGCUAUGAAUCGCGCUAUUGAACAUGGUUUUAUCAUUGGUCCGGGAUUAGAGUUACCAGCACAUUUUUCACCCAUUUACUUCCCAAUGGGAAACGCUGCAACUGGAUUCUUCGUGAUGUUUGCUUUGAUAGCUGGAGUAGUGGGUGCCGCCUCAUGCAUCUCAGGCUUCGUCCAUCUCCGAUCAUGGAGUCGUGAGAGCAUGCCUGCUACUGCAACCAUCGCUACCAUUGCUUGGACUCUUACUCUCUUGGCAAUGGGGUUCGGGUGCAAGGAGAUCGAGCUACAGUACAGGAACGCGAAAUUGGUGGCCAUGGAAGCGUUCAGCAUAAUCCUCUCCGUCACGCAGCUCUUAUACAUUGCUGCACUUCAUGGACCAUCAAUAAUCUGAAGAGUUUCAAGACUUAUCCCUGAAAUUCUUUCAUAACUAUUUGAAUAGGGGAAAGGAGACAAUCUGAAAUUGGUUGGUUUUGUUGCUUGUAAAGUCAAAGCAUUUUAUGGUUUGUAAAUUGUUUCAAUUGAGUUGAAUAAAAGACAUUUGUUUGUUUGCUA